GGUCAGGAAAUGAGAAUAAGAGCGUGGUUUUGGCCAGCACUGCCAUACAACUGCUGGAUGACAGGAAGUCACCUAUUGUUGCUUCCGUUGGGAUUCAGAUGAAGCUGGAUUUCUUUCAGAGGAAGUUCUGGACCGCUAGUAGACAGUGUGCUGCUCUGGAUGGGAAGUGCACCAUUAGCUGUGAUAAUGAGGACAUUAAGUGUUACCUUAUAGACAACAACGGAUUUAUUCUGGUCACAGAGGACUACUCUCAGACGGGGCUGUUCUUUGGAGAGGUGGAGAGUGCUGUUAUGAACAAGCUGCUUCUCAUGGGCUCCUUCAAAAGGAUCACUCUGUAUGACUACCAGGCUCUCUGUAGAGAGUAUGCUGGCAACAGUGACAGCGCACGCUCUUUAUCACAUCCCUUCUCCAUGGUGAAAUGGCUCCUGACCAAACUUGUCAUUUUCCUGCUGGAGUUCAACCUUUACAGCUGGUGGCAUGUUGAUCUCUCAGUCAAAGCCCAAAGGUCGAGGGGAAAGACCAUGAUGGUGCCAUGUGACACGAAGUACCCUGCCUUCGUCUCUGAGCGUACCAUCAAAGAGACCACGGGAAACAUUGACUGUGAGGGCUGUGCCAGAUCUUUUGUAAUUCAGCAGAUUCCCAGCAGUAAUCUCUUCAUGGUUGUCGUGGACAACAAGUGUGACUGCAGCUCUGCCCCCUGGUUUCCAUGGAUCCCAUCGAGAUUAUGUAUAUCCUUUACUAACCCUCAAUAA